CAUUACACUGGUAUCGAUUAAUAGCGAAGUUGGUAUCGAUACGAUCGACAUUUUUGAUAGCUCCGCCCUCUGCUGAAGGAAACUACACAUCCCGGAGUGCCUCUGUUGACCCCUGCAGCCCGCAUCUGGGUGAUGAUUUGGCGCUGAGCAGAGAACCGAGGAGCAGCAAGGCUUGAGGAAAAAUACAAAUAUAAAAAAAAAAACAGCAAACGCAAGAAAAGCGCUUUUGCGAAACCGAGGAAAGAGGGAGCUAAAGAUUAGGUUUAUCAAGGUUGUUAGUCUCYGACGAGGGUUCCGUCUAAAUGCUGGGGUCUUCAUAUUGACGAAGAGCCAGGCGUCGGGAUUGGGUAGCGACCAGCUAGCGUAACACCACCCCUCCUCCUCAACCUCAUCCUCAUCUUCUCUGUUGAGAAUUGCGUUAAAAGGAAAAGGAAAGGCCUGAGCUUUUGUCAAUAUCACUGUGUUAUUUUUUUAUUUUUUAUUCUCCCCCCUACCUGUAGAUUAAACGAGGAACCAUUGCUGGCUGGUGUAUGUGUUUAGAAUGGGACACGCUGAAGGUCCAGUCAAGGAAAAAGACAGUUAAGGAUGCAGGAGCCCAACAAUGGAUUUCUCCCUCUCUUUCAUGCAAGGGAUCAUGGGAAAUACAAUUCAGCAACCCCCUCAGCUCAUUGACUCAGCCAACAUCAGACAGGAAGGCACCUGUGACACCKGCAGUGACCCGGGUGAGGAUAGUGGUCCGUCCUACGAUGCUGCUCUGGAUGCAGACUUUUCUUACCCGCCAUCAGCCUCGGAGGACAUGCCGCAGGUCCCCAAUGGCUACCCCCCUGGUCUGGCCAUGUACGAGCCCCAGACCAAGUUUUCCAUCUACUCGCAGUUCCCCAACGGCUCGGCUAACGGCUACGGGGCGUUACGAAGCUACGGCGAGCACGGCCUCCUGCCAGUGGAGGGAACUGUCUUGAGAGGUCCUGGUCUACAGGAGAGACCUCUGUCUCCUGUGUCGCCCCCGCUGCCGACACAUCACCCCCACCUCCAUCACCACCCCCAUCACCACCACCACCACCACCACAUGCACCCCUUCCACUCAAAUCCGCCUCAUAUACAGACCCAUUCGCACCCACAGAGUCCUCCCCCGCCCCCUCUGCCCCCACAGCACCACCUGUCCCAGACACCUCACAUCAUCACCCACAACCUCCCGCCCCCGCCUCUGUUACCCCUCCCAUCCUCGAGCCCUCCUCCCUCCCUGGUGGACAGCACCCCCUCGUCUCAACCCGUCCACCCUCCGGCCAGCGCCACCGGUGGGGUGCUGAAGAAAACCAGCUCUCCGGAGAUCAAGCUGAAGAUCAUAAAGACGUAUCAGAACGGAAAAGAGCUGUUUGAAUCUGCGCUGUGUGGAGAUCUGCUGCAGGAGCUGCAGGAGUCUCAGAAGAACGAGGCCACUCAGAUGCAGCGCAGACAUGAGAGGAAGAAGGAGAAAAGGAAAAAGAGCGCAAGGUUGCAGCUGCAGGUUGAGGAGAAGAAUCUGGACCAGAGCCAAGUGCAAGCAGGUACAGCGGGUCAGACGGAGGACACCCACGUCCAGCCGCAACCGAGUGAAACGCCGCCGGUUCAGACGGAGGAGCCUCUGACAACCAUCAUCAAAACUGAACCAAAGACACCGAAGGUUCYUAAAGUUCAUCACCCAUCUGUGAUCCAAGAGACUGGUUUCUGUAAGGAGUUUGUGAUCGGAGAUCUGGUGUGGUCCAAGGUGGGCACUUACCCCUGGUGGCCCUGCAUGGUCUCCUCCGACCCACAGAUGAAGGUCCACACUCGCAUUAACACCAGAGGUCACAGAGAAUAUCACGUCCAGUUCUUCGGCAGUGUUGCUGAGCGAGCGUGGAUCCAUGAGAAGAGGAUAGUCACGUACCAGGGGAAGCAACAGUUCGAUGAGCUUCAGUCAGAGACGCUGCGCAAAACUUCAAACCCUGUAGAAAGACAAAAACUUCUGAAGCCAAUUCCUCAGCGAGAGCGCUCCCAGUGGGAAGUAGGGGUGGGCCACGCCGAGGACGCUUUCCUCAUGACUCGCCAGGAGCGAAUAGACAACUACACCUUCAUCUACGUUGACCCGGACCCCAACGAAGCCCCGCCCAGCAAGAAGCCCGCCGCCAAGGCUGAGAAACGGAACCGGYGCUCCAGCGGCUCCAUCAGCAAGAAGGAGGACACCGGCGUGAAGUCGCCCGACAGGGAGCAGCCGCCGCGGAGGCAGCUGCCACGGAGGCAGUGCAGCAUCUCCAACACGGAGGAAAACAACAACAACUCUCAACCGCCAAGCGAAGACAAGAACCAAAACAAGUCGCCUAAACAGAACUCCGGCGCCGAUGCUCGAGUUCAGGAGGACUCGCCGAAGCCGCCUGUCAGGGCCUGGAAAACGGCGGCAGCCAGGAAGCUKCUGCCCCUCUCCAUCACCAUGAAGAGACUGAAUGUGGAGAUCACAAAGUGCGACUGGCCUCUCCUGCAGAAAAAGACCACUGUGGUGUCUCCAAAGAAGGAGAAGGAAGAGAGAGUGGAGAGGGAGGCCCGGCAGCCCGAUCUGGGCUACUGCUCGCCUGAGCAGGACAGCAGAGCUAAACCUGAGCCCAGCCCGGAGGAGGAGGAAGAGGAGGGCGACGAAGGAGAGGAAGAAGGCGAUGAGAGGAGAGGCUCCCCCGCCAGCCGAAGGAGCGAGGAAGGAGGGCUUCAGCCGACCUCUUCCCCUGGAUCUCCCCACAGCAGUCCACAGGGCUCUCAGGAGAGGAAACCUCAGCGGCGGUCAGUCAGGAGCAGAUCUGAGUCAGAGAGGGGGAUCGAUCCCGUGCCGAAGAAGAAAACCAAAAAAGAUCAGGCUGAGACGGCUCCAGAGACCACGCUGAAGACGGGCUCGCAGAAAGGAGCCAGCGAGAUCUCUGAUGCGUGCAAGCCCCUGAAGAAGCGGAGCAGAGCGUCGACAGAUGUGGAAAUGGCUUUAUCUCAGUACAGAGACACGUCUGAUUCUGACUCCAGGGGCCUCAACGACCCACAGGGUUUAUUUGGGAAGAGUCUGGACAGUCCAGCAGCAGCAGAUGCUGACGCCUCAGAUACUCAGUCUGUGGACUCCGGUUUGUCCCGGCAGGACAGCAGCACCGAGAAGACAGACACYGUGUGCCAGAUCUGUGAGGCGUACGGAGAGGGUUUAGUGGUGUGUGAGGGGGACUGCAGCAGGCAGUUCCACCUGGACUGUCUCGGUCUGUCGUCUCCACCUGAAGGCCGAUUCAUCUGCACGGAAUGUAGAAAUGGCAGUCAUCCUUGUUUUAGCUGUAAAUCGGCGGGUCGAGACGUGACCCGCUGCUCAGCGUCUGGAUGUGGUUGUUAUUAUCACGAGGAGUGCGUUCGGAAACUCCCGGGGACCACCAGCAGCUCCGGAGGAGGAUUCUGCUGCCCCCAGCACAGCUGCUCAACCUGCUGUCUGGAGAGAGACGAGCAACGAGCCAAUAAAGGCCGUCUGAUUCGUUGUAUCCGCUGCCCGCUGGCAUACCACCCCGGCGACAGCUGCUUGGCGGCAGGCAGCGUCAUCCUCACCCAUCACAUCAUGAUCUGCAGCAAUCACAGCAGCGCCAAGAAGAACGGCCUCCUCAGCUCCCCGGUCAAUGUCGGCUGGUGCUUCCUGUGUGCCAGAGGACUGUUAGUGCAAGACCUUACUGACACCAUAUUAAGUUCAUAUGCCUAUAAGUCCCACUACCUUCUGACUGAGUCAAAUCGUGCUGAGUUGAAAUUACCUAUGAUUCCCUCUCCUUCGUCAGCUACCAAAAAGAAUGUUGGGAAAGGAGGCAAGUUGCUGUGCUGCGACUCAUGCCCAGCUUCCUUCCACCCGGAGUGUCUGGAGAUGGAGAUGCCCGAGGGUGCUUGGUCCUGCAGUGAUUGCAGGGCGGGGAAGAAACCUCACUACAAACAAAUUGUCUGGGUCAAACUGGGCAACUACAGGUGGUGGCCGGCGGAGAUCUGCAACCCCCGUUUGGUUCCGUCAAACAUUCAGAGCCUUCGCCACGACGUUGGCGACUUCCCCGUCUUCUUCUUCGGCUCACAYGACUACUACUGGAUCAACCAGGGCCGGGUCUUCCCCUACGUGGAGAACGACAAGAACUUUGUCACGGGUCAGAUAAACAUCAACAAAACCUUCAAGAAAGCUCUGGAGGAAGCGGCACGCAGGUUUCAGGAGCUGAAGGCUCAAAGGGAGAGCAGGGAGGCCCUGGAGCAAGAGCGCAACUCUCGCAAACCUCCGCCGUAUAAAUCCAUCAAGUCMAACAAGCCAGUGGGUAAAGUGCAGAUGCACGUGGCUGACUUGUCAGAAAUCCCACGCUGCAACUGCAAACCUACAGACGAGCAUCCCUGCAGCCUCGACUCCCAGUGUCUGAACCGCAUGCUGCAGUACGAGUGUCAUCCACAGGUGUGCCCUGCAGGAGACAAAUGUGAGAAUCAGUGUUUCAUCAAGCGGUUGUACGCAGAAACAGAGGUGUUAAAGACUGAGGAGUGCGGCUGGGGCCUCAGGACAAACCAAGCCCUCCGAAAGGGGGACUUUGUGAUCGAGUAUGUGGGAGAGGUCAUAGACACKGAGGAGUGCCAGCAGCGAAUCAAACGAGCUCAUGAAAAUCACACGACUAAUUUCUACAUGCUCACGCUCACCAAGGACCGUGUAAUAGACGCUGGUCCAAAAGGAAACUCCUCUCGCUUCAUGAACCACAGCUGCAGCCCGAACUGUGAAACCCAGAAGUGGACGGUGAACGGAGACGUUCGUAUCGGACUCUUUGCCCUCAGUGACAUCGAGGCCGGCGCAGAGCUGACAUUCAACUACAACCUGCACUGUGUGGGCAACAGGAGGAUGUCCUGUCACUGUGGAUCUGACAACUGCUCUGGAUUCCUCGGAGUGCAGCCGACGAGCGCCGUGGUGGUGGAGAAAGAGGAGAAGGCCAAGAACGCAAAGAUGAAGCCGAAGAAGCGGAAGCUCCGGAUGGAGGGGAARCACACGCACGAGUACUUCUGUUUUUGUUGUGGGGAAGGAGGAGAACUGGUGAUGUGUGACAGGAAAGACUGUCCGAAAGCAUAUCACCUUCUGUGUCUCAACCUCACCAAGCCGCCAUACGGACGCUGGGAAUGCCCGUGGCACGACUGCAGCGUGUGCGGCGCGCCGGCCUCGUCGCUCUGUGACUUCUGCCCCCGCUCCUUCUGCCGGGACCACGAGGCGGGGGCGCUCUCCGCCUCCUCCCUGGACAGCCGCCCCUGCUGCAGCGGCCACAACCCGCUCAGCCCGCUCGGCUCGGGCUCGGGCCCGGCCCAACCGCGCCGCCGCGCUCUGAGCCCCGCCCGGGUCAAAGAGGAGCCGGAGGCGGUCCAGCCGACCAAAGAGUGACGCCCCCGGCUCUUUACAAUACCUCAUUCCCAGCCAAGUGCUCUGUGGUCUGCAGCGKCGCACCUCAGCGUGGGAUUCAGUGUUUGUUUGUGUUUGUUUUCGACCGGUGUGACGGCCAACAUUCAGAGCCAACUGAUGAACACCUCAACGCUGUCUGCUGCAGCUAGAGUGACGACAGAGAAGCGACCGGGCAUAAAUGUGCGCUGUUUCCUUUUUCCACUCUGGCCAUAAAAAAACACGACCUUCACUCUCUGCAGCUCGCCUGUUCCCAUCAGAGGGUCCAGACCGCCACGUUUUUGUCUUUUCUUAUCUUUUCUGUAUCUUCUUUUUAUUUUUAAAGCUGUGGAAUUUAUGUAAAAUGUAGUCAGUUAACAACCGUGAGGCGGGGAGUAGAGGAGGACCGUCGUAUUGCUGCUCCUCCUCGUUUUUACCCUCCUGGAAGUGGUCGAUAUCUCACACGCGAUGAGGACGAGCUUCUCUUCAUCGCCUCCUGACACAAACCCAUCGUCCUUUUUAUCUCUUCUAUUUCUCGUAGACUGAGGAAACGACCAAUUUUGUGCAAUUUUUCUUUCCAGGACCACACUACAUUUCAAUCUUCCUUAAACAUGGUUUUAAUAUACUUAUGGGUAUAGAUGAAUAUAAUUAUAUACAGUAUCUACGUUUGUUAAUGUUUACAGACAGAUUCUCUCACUUCAUCUCGGUGAGUGGCGUAUUACGUUUGUUUGUUUCGGUGUUUGAACAUUACGCAGACCUCUUUGUGAAAAUAGUCCUAUUAAGGUGAAAUAUAAUGGUAUAUAGUGUAAUGGUAUGACAUUACAGAAGUACUUGUGAUUUCAUAUUGCCAGUCUCACUCGCCAUCGUGUACAUAAAUUGGCUCACAAUAUUGUAAAGUACUUAAAGAUCAGGAAGAGCGAAGCCUCGUCUCUCUUGUUGCUUUUGAACGAUCUUUCUUUUUAUUUUUAUUUUUUCCAGAUGUUUUUUUUUUUGGUUUUGUUUUCAGAGUCAUGUCCUCCGAGUUGUUGUAGAUUGAAGAGGCCAGCUUGUGAUCACUGGUGCUGUCUUACAGUGUUGGUAAAAAAGAGAAAAAAAAAGCCUUACGUUUUUUUUUGUUUGUUUUGUUUUUAUUUGAUGCAGUGCAUUUCAGUAAUUUAUGUUCCAUUUGUGUACUGUGACGGCUCUGUUACUGAGGAGUCGUGGUUUGUUUCGGUUUGUUUUUGCCAAACGUCUAUGAAAAGCACUUUCACGCGGCUCGUUGCUACACGGUUUAUCUCGGACAGAUUUGCAGAAAAACUUAGAAAUGACAAGUGUUUCAAAACGGAUACCUCUUUCUUGUUUGAAUUCAAAUUUGUGUCGUAACCUUUUUUCUUUUCUUUUUUYGUCAGAAAUCUCGUCAAUGCUGGGUUUGUCUUGUUUUUUUCUUUUAGGAAAGUGGCCUAAUUUCUACUUUAUUUCASUUUUUCACAAAUAGGAAUAACUGCCACCCCAGCGUCAUAUAAAAAAAGGAAAAAAAAGUUUGUGUCCUCCAGAAGCACUUUUUUCUUUUUUUUCCCACCUGGAGGAGAAAAUCCUCAAGGCUGGACUUUAUAUAAAGAAGUAACAACAAUCUAGUUCAGUAUAGUGUACAAACAGAAACUUCUGUACAGUGUUUUUAAUCGCUCAUCUGUCAAAUCUAAAUUUUUUGUAUUUAUUGCACCACAUUUUAUACCAAUUUCUUUUUUCAAACACCAGUGCAGUUUUCUGUGUUCUUUCUCACCGAGGUGUAAGAAUAGAUUUAAGAAAAAAAAAAAGAAAAAAAAAAACGACACGGAGUUUUACAUAUUAUGCUUGUAUCUAGUCAUUUUCUUACAUUUGGUGUAAUGAUUCCACAUUGGUAACAGCAGCUGCUCAUCGGCCUGUAUCGUGACUCACUGUAAUYGGUGUUUAAAGCAGUGUGAAGCAGUUCAGUAUUGGAAUGUAAAGUUUUUGUUUCAGAGAGUUCGUUCGUGACGAUUUGGUCCCGACAAGUAAUUUUCUUUCUUUUUUUAAUUUUUUUGUAAUCACACCUUUUUUUUUCUUUGAUCCCUUUUAUUGUUUUCUUCCUUUCAAAAUAAGAUGCGUUUGGGUUUUAUUUUGAUGUAACGUGGAGUCACAGGGUAAAAUGAUGCMAUUGUUUUCAUGUUUUCUCAGCUUGAUUGAGGUUGAAUUUAAAUGCUAAGAGUAGAUUCACUCAGCUGCCUGUGUUUUYCUUGAAACAAUUCAGAAAUCGUUUAGUUAUAAGAACAAUCGUUCUGUUCUUUAAUUUAUUGUUUUUUCCAUUUUUUGAUGCCAAAUUUGCAUUGAUGGGCCAAGCAAAAGAAAAUGUGUAAUGAUUAUUAAAAGUUGUAUCUGAACAUUUAAACCUUAAACGCUCAACUCAAAUUGUUACAUUUUUUAUUUUAUUUUUUUAUAAACUGGCAGCUAAGUCUGAACACAACAUUAAAAUCUAAACAAGGGAAAAAAAUUACUCUGUAAACCAGUUAGUGUUUUUAUUUUUCUUGAUUAAAACGUGAUUUCGGUCCGGUUCACUCACUGGGUUUAAAACUUGUUGCAUAUUAAACAAAUAAUCAAAAGAAAAACUCUGUCUACAUUUGGAAAAAUUUAAUUUUAGGUUCUUAAAAUCAGGUUGCAAAGUUAAAAGUAAAUCUGUGAAGAAGAUUGAGUUGCAGUUUUAAAACGUACUUAAAAACCAAAAGCUGUAAGACCACAUAUAAAUGCUCACAUUUGCUCUUUAGCAUUCAGCGCUCCUUAUGUUUUCUCCUUUUGUUAAAUUAUUUCAUUUUUCCCCCACAGGCUUUAUCUGCAGACAUUUAGGACCAGAGGCAUCAUAUUGUUUAUGAAAAUCAUUUAAUUUCUGAUUUAACUGUUCAAAAAUCCCUUUUUUUAUGGUGAAAACUGUUCAGUUGAAAUGCAUGCUUCCAACAUCAGAUGUUUUAAAGCUGCCAAUGUUUUUUAUUUUUGUUGCACAGAAAUUCAGCAAAACCGAAAGCCUUUGUUCUUUUUUUUUCUUUGUACCUGCAGAUGGCAUGGUUGCGCUCUUUAUUUUUGUUUUUCCUCUGUGCCAUUUUGUCUUCUGCCCUGCUGAGCUGUUACAGCAGCAGUAUUACUACUUUAUUUGUCCCUGUGUUCACCACAUUUAUAUAUGUUUUAUUUUUAUUUUUUGCAAAGACAGCAUGUUYGUUCUCAUUUUAAGUGACCCUUAAAAAUUCCCGAGGAGGAUUUUUUUCACUUGUUUUUUUAAUUUUCCAGGAUGGACCACCCUUGUUUGUCAGAGGGGCAUGUUUCAGUUCGCUGUGAUGUCUUUUUUGUUUAGUUUUGUUUUUGUUUUGGUGCAAUGACUCAUUAGGUCUUACCUGACAUGCUGUCAAAUAGUGUUGGAAUAAAGGAAUAAACUCAUCUGCAUAAGCACUCUUCAUCUUUUUACUUGUAGAAAACUUGCUCACAGUAACUCUAACUGGGGUCAUAUCUAUCUCUCUUGGUGUUGCUUCAAUUAAAACGUGGAUGAACACACAAUGCCAUGGUUUACUGUUCAACCUGUGUUACUGCAUACAACAUAUUGUUGAGGAACUUGUAAAUACUUUGAAUUUGCAUAGACUCAUGUUACUGUGGCGUGCUCUUUUUUGCCUGUACAAUUCUGCUUCUAAAUGUGUGUGACUGUUGAGACGACACUUCUUUUUUUUUUCUUUUUGUACAUGACUUGUCUUUUCAUUUGAGAAUAUUGAUUCUGUCCCUUUUUCAGCCCAUUCUAAUGUUCAGUUUGAAGAGUUCAGACAUGCUUGAAGUUUGACUUUAAUAAAGCUGUACUCUGUCUCAGUGAAA